AUGAGUGCUUUAUCACGUUUCGACUUUGGUAUGAUAGGUAUAUCUAGGAAAUCUAAAUUCAAAAAAGCACAACCAUUCUUUGAGGAACGUGAUGAAGAAAUUGAAGAAUCAGAAGAUGAAGAUUUACCAAUAAUUCCAACUUAUGAUUCGACAUCAGAUAUUUCAUUUGAUGAUUCUGAUUUGUAUGGUAAUACAUAUGAAGAACUAUCUGAAGAAAGACUUCCAUAUGGAUUAUUUACAAAUGAAGAAACUCCUAUUAAUAGAAAAAAGCGAUACAACAAAAUUCUCGAACCUAAAGGUCAUCGUCCAUCCAGACCUUCAGAUGUUUCUGAAUCAUUUGAAGCUCCACACCCAGCAGAAAGUAUUCUUUUAUCUUUUAAUACGCCAACACAUGAUAUUAACCGAUCAGAAAUAUCUUCACCAGAUGUAUUUACUAAUACAAGUUCUAAUAUUGCAAUUAAUAAUUCAAAUUCACAGCAACAUUUUACUCCAAUUUCACCUAUCGAAAAAACUUCAAUUCAAAAAGAAUUAUCAUUUACAGAAGGCUUAAAUAGCGCUGAUAGACAGUCUUCUUUUAUAAAUCUUUUUGAAAAAAGUGAUUUGACUACUUCAACAGAAGAAUUAGAUAUUUUUGGCAAAAGAUUCUUAGAACAGUCAUCCCCUAUACAAGAAUACAAUGUACCUGAUGCUAACUUAGCAAAAGUGCAAGAAAAUGCUGAGAAAACAAAAUCAGUCACAAAUAGCAAAAAAUUUAACGACAAACUAACAAAAUCAUUCAAUAAUAUUGAUUUUUCAUCAAGUCUACAGUUUGAUUCCACAGAAUCUCCUGAAAAAAGUCAAAAUUCAUCAAAUAAUUUUUCAACAACUAAUCAAAGCGUUUUGCAAGAGCUCAAAGCAUAUGCUGAUAAUGAAAAGCAAAAAGAAAAUAACUCAAAACCUCAAAUUUCCAAAGAUAAAAAUAAUAAUAUUCAAAAUCAGCAAAAAGUGACUCAAAACAACAAAUCAUCGAUUCUACCACAAAAUUUAUUGUUCCUUUCUUCAUUUGAAAACAGAAAUUUUGACAAAGAUUUUAUUAUCAAAGAAAGUCAUCAUAAAAGAGAGAGAAGAUCGUCAUCUGGCUCUGAUUCAGACAUAAAGCCAUCAAGAUCACGUGAUAUUACUACUAUUUCACCGAAAAAAUCAAAUAUAAUUGUUGAUGAAAUUAUAUCUCAGCAAAACAACACAGAAAACAAUGACAAGGUAGUUCCUGUUGAAGAAUUUGAUGUUUUGAAUUAUCCAAAACAUAAAAAAUCCAAAAGAAAAAGAAAUAAAAUUGGAGAUAGCACUCCUGUGUCAAUUGAUGAUGAAAAACCUUAUACAAUUGAUGAACCUGUCUAUAUGUCGCCAAGCAAGAGGUUAAAAGUACAAAAAUCCAAAGAAAACAUCAAAUUUGAUUCAGAUUUUUCUGAUUCUCCAUCAAAACAAAGAGCAUUGAGUGAAAAUGAUGAUUUAGCUGAUAAUUUAAUGAUAAAAGAAGAAGCCAGACCUCAUAUUUCUCCAAAUAACAACAUGAUUAAUAAUAUUUUAAAUAAUGAUCAACAACUAAGACAAGUUAUUCAAGAAAAAACUCCUAAAGAGAAUAACAAACCAAGAUUGAGACGUUCUAAGCAUCAAAGUCAUGAAGAAAUCAUUGAAUCUUUAACUCCAGUUCAUAAUUUACGUCGGCCACAUAAAUCAUUGAACAAUGACAUGUUCAAUGAAGAGGAAGAAGACUUACCGUUGUUUUCUCAAGAGAAUGAUGUAUUUUUCACUCCAAAAAAUGUAAUAAAUAAUUCAAAUUCUUCUUCCGAACAAUCAGAGAACGUAAAUUCAUCAGAAAUCAAAAUACCACAAUCAAAAAAGAUUUGUGUUGAUUCUUUUGAUGAAAAAAUCGAUGAAAAAAGAAAUUUUAUAUUUUCAAACAACGAAGAUGAGAAGGAAUCAACAUUUGAGACAGGAGAAAGCUACAAUACCUUUGAAAAUGAUAGAAAUACCUCUGAUAGCUCUUAUUAUUACGAAGAAGAUUAUUAUGAAGAUGAUGACCAGUACGAAUACGAUUUUGAUGAUGGUUUUGAUCAUAAUGGAACAAAGAAACUCGAUCUGUUCGGUCCUUUGUCUAAUUUCAAGUCAGCAACAGCGAAAUCAGAAAAUUCGACGAUAGAUUCUAAUGAAUCUGAUGAAAUAUCAUCGAAUACAUUGAUAGAAAGUAAUAUAAACAAUGAUGAUAAUGAAGAAGAGAAAAUUUCUGUUAAAAAACAUAAUCAUUUGCCAAAACCUCCUCCAGAACUGAUAAACAAUGAUUAUGAAUAUGAAAUUACUCCAAAGAAACAUCAUUCAGCAAAGAAACACAAAAAGAGAUCUUCAAAAGUUCCAAAAGAUGAAGAUUUCGAACAAUUUUCUGACAAUUAUGUGAUUCCUAAUGAUUUACUUGGAGAAAGUCAAUUCCAGAGAAUAGAGCUUGUCAAUCAAAAGUUUUCCAGUCCUCCUUCUGCAGAAUUCAUGGAUCAGAACCUUCAAAUUUUGGCGAAAGAAGAGAAAAAGAAGAAAAAUCCAAAAUUACCUGUCAUUGAUGAAGUUGAUGAACAAAUUAAUGUUGAUUUGAUUAAUCCUAAUUCAAAUGAAAUAAAUGAAGACUCAGAUCAAAUCAGUCAAGAACUCAUACCUGAAUACGAAAUCAACAACCCUUCUUCUGAUCCAUUCAAAGACGUGAUUUUACCUAAAUUUAAAAUUAAUGAAAAACAACAAAACAAUGAAAACGAUUUUAAUAAAAUUAAUGAGCUGCAAAUUAAUGAAAGAGAAGGAAUUCGAAUUAAUGAAAGAGAAGGAAUUCGAAUUAAUGAAAGAGAAGGAAUUCAAAUUAAUGAAAAAGAAGGAAUUCAAAUUAAUGAAAAAGAAGGAAUUCAAAUUAAUGAAAAACAACAAAACAAUGAAAAUGAUUUUAUUAAAAGAGAUGAACAACAAAUUAAUGGGAAAAUGAGAAUUCAAAUUAAUGAAAAUUCUACAAAUUAUUUUGACAAAAAUUUAGAAAAAUCUAAAAAUGUUUCACAGGUAAAUGAUAAUGAAAUCGUCAAUACUCAAAGUUUUUAUAAUGAUGUUAAUUUCCAAAAUCAACAAAUUGAUGAAAAAGAAAGAAUUAGAAACAAUAAAAAUGAAGUUAAAAAUGAUUUUGUUAAAAAUGACUUCACUUCUACACAUCAAUCCAAUAAUGAUGAAAUAUUACAUGGAAAUGUUUUGAAUCAAUCAAACAAUGGUAAUAAGAUUGAUUUUAAUGAUUUUGAUUUCCAAAAUCAACCAAAAAUUAAUGAAAGAAAAAUUGAUUAUCAAAAUGAUGAUUUCAUUUUCCAAAAUUCAUCAAAAAAUAAUUUCUAUAACUAUAAAGUUGUUUCUGAUGAUUUUAAUUUCCAGAAUGAACCAAAUAAUAAUGAAAAACAAGUUAAAAUUGAAUCUGAUGAAAAAAUGAUUGAAGAUAAAGAUGCAAUGAUAAGAAGGACAUUUUCUGUUCCUGAUGACAUGGAUGAUGCUGAUUAUGAUUCGUCUGAUUCUGAUUCAGAUCCGGUUGUUGUGAAUCACAUUGAUCAAUCAAAUGAUUUCCCUACUUUCGAAGAAGACAAAUCACAACCAAUUCCAAAAGCAAACUCUGUAAAUAUUCAAAUGAUUGAUGUACAAGAUUCGAUGAAAAACUUUGAUCCAAUACAAAAUCAACAAAAAACUUUUGUCAAAAAACCUUUAUCUAAAAAUUUUGAUUCUGAUGAAGAUGAUGACGAAGAACAAGUGAAAGAAAGAAACAUUUCGACACCUGUUAAACCAGAAAUUAAACCUAAAAAAGAAAAAUUGCCAAAAGAAAACAAAAGUGAAAUUAAAAUUGAAGAAAAUGUUGUUGAAAAGAAGGAAAAGAAGAAAUUAACAGAAGAAGAGAAAGCAAAAUUAAAAGCAGAAAGAGAAGAAAAAGAAAGAAAACAUCACGAAUUUUUAAAGAAAUUGGAAAUAGAUAGAAUCAACAGAAAAUUAAAAAGAUAUCAGAAGGCAAACAACAACACAACAACUCCACCUCCUAACAUUGAUGAAAAUAAUUCAAAGUUUAAAGAUGAUGACGAAAAUAAAGGAGGAAUAAGACAACAUAUGAAACCUUUUGAAGAAAGUAAGUUUUUGGAUGAAAAUGACAACACUAAAAAUAAAUUGAAACAUAGAGAUAACAAAGAAGCUCCAAAAACUAAUUAUGUCGCAUCUAAAUUCUUGGAUGAUGACAAAAGUGAUUCUAAAGAUGAAUUUGAGAUUAAAGAAAAACCAAAACAAGAAGAAAAUUCUAAAAAAGAAGAAUCUCCAGUAAAGAAGAAUAAAUUUCUCAAUUUUUCAAGUGAUGAUGAUGAUUUCGACUUGAAACCAUCUCCUCAUAAGAAACCAAAAGGAAGAAUUAAACCAAAGCGCCAUAAAAUUUCAUCAUCUUCAUCUGAUGAUGAUAAAUCAUCAAAAAAGAAGAAAUAA